AAGGCUAAAGGUUAGUUAGCUUUAGGUAUUGAAUGACACCGACAAGUUACGUGCUACCUUUCCAAACGACAUGGCGUCCAAGACAGAAGGCAGUGAUAUGAUGUCACCCUGUCCAGAGAUCUAUCUCACCCCUCCUCCUCAGCCUAACGUCAAGAAAGACGGACAGCUGACGGAUGAGCAGCUCAAACUCUUCUAUGAUGAGGGGUUUGUUGUCGUGCGAGAUUUCUUCACACCAGAGGAGCUUCAGCCCGUACGGGAUGCCAUCGCCUACCUUAUGGACGACUUGGCCGACAGGAUGUUUCAAGCCGGUUUGAUCAAAAAUAAACACGAGAAUGCCAACUUGUUCGAGCGACUGAUUCUCCUGGAAAAGGAAUAUCCGGGAAUUUCCGUUAUCCUGCACAAGACACCAAAGCUACCACAAGGUUUCCGUGAUCUCUGGGCCCAUGACCGCCUGCUGAAUGUGAUGGAGCAGCUUGUAGGUCCGGAGAUAGCCGGGCAUCCCAACUGGAACCUUCGGCCUAAGACGCCGCAAAAUCAGCAAAUGGACGUGCCGUGGGCAUCAAGUGAAAAUCUCGCCUCUCAUUUGCUAGAUCACCGAAAGAUACCGUCUUACAUAAACCUUUCAGAUAAUGCCUACUUCGCCCCAGAACUGCUGGGUACUUUUGUGGGCACGGCUUGGAUCCCUUUCCUUGACGUGAACGCUGAGAACGGCUGCAUGCAGAUGGUGAAGUACGGACAUCGUAAGGGCGUCACCGCCAAACACGUGUGCUGUAUGGGAGGGACCUGGUACGUGGAGAUGGCUGAAGGGGAGCUGAAAAACACUCUGGGUUGUGACCCCGAUAAGGAUGUUGUCACCUGUGAGAUCAAUUAUGGGAGUGUCAUCUUCUUCAACAACGCCACCCCUCACAGAAGCCUGCCGAACAUAUCCAGGGAGGUGCGCUGGAGCCUGGACCUGCGCUGGAUGGACCCCGCCAAGCCCGUGGGCAUCUGGGGGCUGAAGGACUGUCUGCCCAUGCGCUCGGCUAAGAACCCAGGCCUGAAGAUCGACUGGGAAACAUUCGAAGCCGUGGAUCGAAACAAACAACAACAAAGGAGCAUGGAAAACGAGGCAGGCGCUGAGAACGACUUUGACACCACCAUCCAGGGUCCGUGGAUGAAGAGAUGGGAGAUUGUCAACCACAACAAGCACACCGAGGCUUUCUAUUCGGCCAAAUAAUACAAUUAAUAGCAAUUUGGCAAAAAUUCUGUAGUUCUCCGCUGAGGUCAUUAAUGGCAGUUAUCCAUCCAUCCAUCUAUCCAUCCAUCCAUCCAUCCAUCCAUCCAUCCAUCCAUCCAUCCAUCCAUCCAUCCAUCCAUCCAUCCAUCCACCCAUCCAUCCAUCCAUCCAUCCAUC